UCUUUUCUUUUUUCUUUUUUUUUUUUUUUUUAUUUGAAAAAUGGACUCUGUUUAAUAUUGUUUCUUCUUAUGUUUCUGUGUUUUCUACAAGAUGGACGCGGCGUCUAGAGUCUUGUCCUAUGCUGGCUGGGCUUUCCUCCCAGGAAUAGCUACGUCGUUCCUGCAGAACCUUUACUACCGCAUUACCAUCAGUGCUGGCACACCACACCCUCAGCCUGGCUCAGCACGGCAUGCCCGUCACCGCCGGCGCAUCCAUGUCGCGGUGAUUAGCAGCUACCUGCUGUACACCAUCUACGAAGAAUACCACAGCCUCCGCGUGGCCCCAGACUUCUAUCAAAUACUAGGCGUACUGCCUACAUCGGACGAGCGGACCAUCAAAUCACGCUUCCGCCGACUGGCUACUGUUUUCCAUCCCGACAAGGCACGACAGAAUGGUUUAGGCUCGGCUGCUGAGGAUGGGUCGACGGUGGAUGAGUUCUUUGUACUAUUGAAGCUGGCUCAGGACACGCUGCUCGACCCGGUCAAGAGGUUUGCGUAUGACCGGUUCGGGGCCGGGGUAGUGGUAAGGCCGGAAGGACCAAGUAAGACGCUGAGCACGGCCACCUACUUUUACGAAGGCCUUUAUGCGCUUGCACCGCAGUACCUUGUUGGUUUUCUGCUGAUGGUGCUGCUCAACACCUUCUGGUUCUCUGCUUGGGGUAGAUACUGGCGGUUCUAUACGUUUUUUGCACUGCUGACACUGGAGCUGACACUGCUUACCCACCCGAAUGCAACCUUCAUGCCAGGUGCCUACCUGCCGGCUAUGCUCAGCAAUCUGCUAGGGCUGGAUCGCUUCUAUCUGCUGCCGUUCCAGAUACUGUCUCUUGCGCGCACGGCGUCGAUGUCCAUGAACGUCUUCAUCUCGCAGCUGGCGCCGCCCGAGGCUACGUUGCAGGCCAGCCGGAGCAAGGGGCGAGGAGGCGAAGGGCUGGGCGUACAGGCGCAGAAACAGCUGACGCAGGUCGUGCAGCUGGCCCAGGCACAAGACGCAGAGAGUGCCAAGCUGCUCGGCAUGGACAUGCUGCCCUUCCGGGGGGACGUAGACAGGGUAGGCCGGCUGCGGCGAGGCAUGAAGGAGCGUCUACGCAGAGAGGAGGCCGGCCAGGCUCCCGAGGUGCAGCAGGCCAUCUCCGCCGCCAAACAAAGGAGGCAACAGGGCCGGAACGAGCAGCAGUAGCAUCAACGUCACCAUCAUGGAAGAGGAAGCAGAGUACUAGUAUCGGAAGAAAGCAUCGUCGAGGGAAAGCAAGAGCUGAAUGCUGUCAUCCAGUAUUGUAUAAUACCUUAUAUAAGCAUAGCGUCUAUUUAUCAUCCCUUAGUCAAAAUUACUAGUGCAGUAAAUUUCCCGUCACUGCAAUACCACUAGCCCCAAAAGCGGCCCUAGCGGUAAUCCUUCGCGACCUUCCUGACUGCUGACUGGUCCACCUCCCUGACUAAGCCCUUGCCUUACCAUACCUGACCAGCUCCAUCCUCC